AUUCAUCGGUGUUGGCGGAUAGUGCAGACUUGCUCAAAUGUCUCUUCUUUUUAAUACCCCAAAAAAUUUCAGACUCCGUUCUCUAACUCUUUCCCCUUCUUCUCCUUCCUUCUCCUCUCCCAAAUCCCUUCUUCCCUUUCUCUCUCCCGCGUCUGCCUCUCCUAGACGCUUUCCCUCUUUCUUCUCAACCAGAGCAUCACUCUCUUCUCCCGCCUCCGCCACUACCAUGGGUGAUGCUACUGAUGCUGCCAUGGAUGCUGUUCAGAGACGCCUUAUGUUCGAAGACGAAUGCAUUCUAGUGGAUGAAAAUGAUCAUGUUGUUGGUCAUGACACCAAAUAUAACUGCCACUUGAUGGAAAAGAUUGAAUCUGAAAAUUUGCUACAUAGGGCUUUCAGUGUGUUUCUGUUUAACUCAAAAUAUGAGUUGCUCCUUCAGCAACGGUCUGCAACAAAGGUAACUUUCCCACUUGUGUGGACAAACACCUGUUGUAGCCAUCCUCUGUACCGGGAAUCUGAGUUAAUUGAGGAGAAUGCCCUCGGUGUGAGGAAUGCUGCACAAAGGAAGCUUCUGGAUGAGCUUGGUAUUCCUGCUGUAGAUGUUCCAGUUGAUCAAUUCACCCCCUUGGGCCGCAUGCUGUACAAGGCACCUUCUGAUGGCAAGUGGGGAGAACAUGAACUUGAUUACCUGUUGUUCAUUGUGCGAGAUGUUAACGUCAAUCCAAAUCCCGAUGAAGUUGCUGAUAUUAAGUAUGUGAACCGGGAUGAAUUGAAGGAGUUGUUAAGAAAGGCAGAUGCUGGUGAGGGGGGUAUUAAGCUGUCACCAUGGUUCAGAUUAGUAGUGGACAAUUUCUUGUUCAAGUGGUGGGAUCAUGUCGAGAAAGGAACCCUGAAAGAUGCUGCUGACAUGAAAACCAUUCACGGGUUGACUUAAAAAAAAAUUGUAGCAUUUCCAGCUGCCGCCAUCCGAUUUAGCUUGGCAAUCUGGACUGAUGAUGAUGUUGUUAUUCCUUUCAUGCCUCUUCCGCUUAUGAACUUUAUUUGCUACAAUUUUGCUAUUUAAAUGUCUUUAAAAACGCUUCUUUUGGGUUGGAUGUAAUAUCAUGGUUUUGAAAUUCAAUAAUACAAAUUUUCUUCAUGCU